AUGGAGAAGGAUCAUGAGUCCGGCCGUUCUGGUCGUAUUCCGCACUUCCAACGAGUAUUCAACCAGGGGGUCCUCAACAACGACAUCAUCAACUACCCUUACAGGGGAUCAGGGACUGAGAAUGACCCUUUUUUGGUCACUUGGAUCGAUAAUGACCCAGGCAACCCAAUGAACUACUCGGAUGCUAUGAAAUGGAGCAUCACUAUGCUUGUUGCGAUCGCAACGCUGGCUGUAGCCUUUGUCUCCUCUGCAUACUCUGGCGGCGUCGCUGAGAUCCUGGAAGAAUUCCAAAUCUCACAGAUUGUCGGUACAUUGGGCAUCUCGCUGUUUGUCCUAGGCUUCGCUAUCGGACCGCUGGCAUGGGCUCCAUUGAGUGAACUAUACGGUCGUCAGUAUCUCUUCUUCGGUACCUACAUGUGUCUCACUGCCUUCAACGCUGGUGCAGCUGGCUCUCAGAACAUCGAGACUCUGAUCAUCCUAAGAUUCUUGGCUGUUGGUGGUUUCGUCGGUCAGUCCAUCGGCUGGCGAUGGAUCGAAGGCGUCAUGGCUAUCUUCACCGGUAUUCUCUGGAUCGUCUACACUGCCUUCAUUCCGGAAACCUACGCCCCAGUGCUGCUGCGCAAGCGUGCCGUAGCCCUUUCAAAGCGAACCGGACAAGUCUACAGAAGCAAAUCCGAGGUAGAGCAAGGCACCAAGUCUAUCGGCUCAGCAUUCAAGACCGCUCUGAUUCGCCCGUGGCUCCUACUAUUUCUCGAACCGAUCGUUCUCCUCCUAUCCAUAUACAUGGCCGUCGUCUACGGGACGCUGUACAUGCUCUUCGGCGCUUUCCCCAUCGUCUAUCAGCAAGGCCGCGGCUGGUCGCAAGGAAUUGGUGGUCUCGCAUUCUUGGGUGUGGCAGUAGGCAUGAUUGCAGCCACCAUCUACUCGAUAUGGGACAACAAACGUUACAACAAAGCCAUUGAAGCUUCGCCAUCAGGCGUCGCCGCGCCCGAAGCUCGACUUCCACCUGCACUUCUUGGCUCUGUCAUAAUGCCCAUCGGCCUUUUCUGGUUUGCCUGGACCAAUGGACCGAACAUUCACUGGAUCGUCAGCAUCAUAGCUAGCGUGCCGUUCGGCUUCAGUAUGGUGCUCGUCUUCCUUUCGAUCAUGAACUACCUUAUCGAUGCGUACCUCAUCUACGCCGCAUCCGCUCUUGCUGCUAACUCGGUGCUGCGGUCCCUGUUCGGUGCUGCAUUCCCGCUUUUCACCUCCGACAUGUAUAAGAGUCUGGGUAUACAUUGGGCUUCUUCAGUUCCGGCAUUUCUGGCGUUAGCUUGUGUGCCUUUUCCUUUCCUGUUCUACAAGUAUGGUGCUGCGAUCCGUCAACGCUGUAGGUAUGCUGCGGAGGCUGCGGAGUUCCUGGAGAAGAUGCAGCUGAAGAACUAA